UAGUCGCUGUUCUGUUCCCAGGUCGUUCGCAAGGUGACCGUUGGCGGUUACUGCGAUAGAAAGAUAGUAGCCUGGGCGAGGCAAAGUUAGCUGUGCUGAUGAGUGUGAAAAUGUGGCGGUCCAAUUUUACGACCGAAAUAUUGCGGCAAAUCGUGAUCGAUUCCAAUGGGCCUAACGCUACCGAAGGUGUGACCAUCAACUCUUGGUCCGUUGAACCGUUCAGCAAAACAAGAGUUGGAUUUUUGGGAGAUCAUCACUCGUUGGAAAUCAUCUAUAAUUGGCUGGAAAGUGAUGGGAAAGAGCGGGUAAAGAAAGAGCGAUUUUUCGUAAAAUCACUCCCCACCUCAAUGCCAAGUUUCACCAACUAUCUUAAUGAGACACACACGUUUACUAAAGAAAUGGCUAUCUACCGUCAUCUUAUGCCGCUGCUCUUUGGCCUUAGCAACAGACGGUUUGCUCCAAGAUGUUACCACCUGCAGGAUUACGAUGGUCUGUUGGUUAUGGAAGACUUGUCCGUGCAGAACUUUCGUAUCAAAAGCGGAACAUUCGAUCUGGCCCACCUGGAGCAGGCUCUGCAGACGUUGGCCAGCUUGCAUGCAGCCUCGAUUCGAUUAGAACAGCGUCUGGGACGAACGGUUGCCGAACAGUUUCCCGAAGUGAUUGCCGAAAAUGCGUGGCUCUAUCGUGAAGGUUACCCACGCGUUGCUGAACUGGAGGACAACAUAUUGUGCCUGGUGGCGUACGCGCGGGAACUCUAUGGUGACGGGGGAGAACGAUGCCAAAGUCUCAUCGAGCGGCUCCCCGGGGUGAUGCGACAAAUUUACGAUUUGGUGCAACCGUCCAAAACAUAUCGUAACGUGUUCAGUCAUGCAGAUCUGUGGAAUAAUAACAUCUUGUUCCGUUACCUGUCGCACAAAGAUGACACCGGUGGCAUUAGCAAAGGACGUCCGCUCGGAUCAGAAGCAGCAGCCGACCAUCCAGUCGAUUGCGUUCUGGUCGAUUUUCAGUUAUCAAGGUUCGUUCCGCCGGCAUAUGAUUUCAACAUGCUCGUCACACUCACGACGGCCGGCCAUCGCCACUUCCUACACAAACACUGGCACCAUCUGCAGCAAACGUACUACAAAUCCUUACAAUCACAACUGAUCCAACGGGACGCGAGUGAUACUUUUCGGGGCCCUUCUUUCAACGAGUUCAAGGCAUCCUGCGAGCAUUAUCGGAAAGCUGGUGCACUGGACAGCUUCAUCAUCAAUUACAUGGUACUCCUUCCAACCGGUUGCUUGGAUGAAACGUUCUCAUCACCCGAUCUAUACGAUGCAUUCCGCGGAGACACAAAGAGUGCCACGAUGUUACAGCUGCUACGAUCACACACAAAGUAUCGUGAAACAAUGAAAGAUAUUAUUGACAAUAUUAUUGAAACUUUUCAAAUUUAAAGGACCUUAACACGCUUGGACA